GGUGGUGGUGUUUUUCAGCGGUUGUGUUAGUUCCGAAAUGACGGAUUCACGUUUAGCAAAGUUUUAUGUAUAAUUUUUAAAUGUUUGGACUUACCGAAAGGCAUUAAAAAUCGCCAAGAAUUGCUUGAUUUAGACAAAAAUUUCCGUGCUCAUUAAAAUGUCUAAAACUAAGUCAAAACAGCAGCAAGUGAGCAAGAAUGAACAACACAUUGAAUAUCGCAACUUUCGAGUAGUUUUCUUCUAUUGUAUACUGAUCAUUGUUUUGCCCGUGACAACCUUUUUCGGCUGCAAGUACUUUUUGUUCGACGGAUUCCUACAGUUAACACCGGUCAGUAGUAAUAUCUAUUCAGCAGUAGCCGCCGUUAUUGCCCUUCACAUUGCGCUGGGUCUGUACAUUUACCGGGCUUACUUUGAUAGCAGUUCAUCAUCAACCGUUUCCGGAGGCUAUCAACGGCUUUCGUCCCAAAAACAAGAUUAG